AUGUUCCACACCACACUGUUGGGCUACUUCACAUACAUUCUCACACAUUCAUCCCAGAGAGACCUUGCGUACCCUGUGGCCACUUCAGUAACCAUGAAGGUGGUGAAGGAUGACCUCUGUCUGCACCUCUGCAUGUCUGCACUCUUCACUCUACCCGUCAUGCUCAGUACACCCUCCUUCAUCCAUUGGAUCCGCAACCUGAGGUACUCCACCCAGCUGGAUCCUGAUCCGUGCUGGCCACACACGGUGCCUCUCAUCUUGGUAUACGUGCUGUUCAUUAACUGCAACACUGAAAAACUCAGCCACAGUAAGCUUCUGCCUGUGGCUUCUUGCCUCCCGUUGCCGUUGGCCGUGGCUGUGGUGAGCUUCUCUCUGCUCCACCUCUACAGAAUCACCUACUUCCUGUUGGCAGCAUUCGUCCCUCUGGCCUUGUGCUGUCUGCUCUGAUGGCAUUUGGCUGUUUUCAGAUUCCAGCUCC